AUGGCACCUGCAUCCUGCGCCCUAUGCAACGUGAAUCGUGCCCUGAUCCUGAGGCCAAAGGAUCACUCCAAGCUGUGCAAGACAUGCUUCAUUUCCGUUUUCGAGACGGAGAUCCACCACACCAUCACCACCAAUGCCCUUUUCCAGCGGGGUGAAAAAGUUGCAAUCGGCGCAUCGGGCGGCAAAGACAGUACUGUGCUCGCCUCUGUGCUCAAGACACUCAACGAGCGCUACGACUACGGACUUGAUCUUAUCCUGCUAUCAAUCGACGAGGGAAUCAAAGGCUACCGUGACGACAGCCUGGAGACUGUCAAGAGGAAUGCGGAGCAAUAUGGCAUGGAACUAACCAUAUUGGGAUACGAUGAGCUAUACGGAUGGACUAUGGACCAGGUCGUGGAGCAGGUGGGCAAAAAGGGAAAUUGCACCUACUGCGGUGUCUUCAGACGGCAGGCGCUUGAUCGCGGGGCUGCAAGACUUGGGGUGAGGCACGUGGUCACCGGGCAUAACGCCGACGAUGUUGCUGAGACUGUAUUGAUGAACUUACUGAGGGGCGACCUACCCCGUUUAUCGCGCACAACUUCGAUAGUCACGUCCACACCCUCUGCAUCUGCAAAUCCUGCGUCCAACACAAACAUCAAGCGUAGCAAGCCCCUGAAGUACGCAUACGAAAAGGAGAUUGUGCUGUAUGCGCACCACAAGAACCUCGACUACUUCAGUACUGAAUGCAUAUACUCUCCCGAGGCUUUUCGCGGCAGCGCGCGGGCUCUGAUAAAGAAUCUUGAGCGUGUUCGACCAAGCGCUAUCCUAGAUGUAGUAAGGAGUGGUGAAGACAUGGCCAAAUUGGUGCCUGGCAGCGACCAAGCAUGUGGGGGCAUGUGCUCGAGCAGCAUACCCGCCGCCGAAGAGGAAGAGGGCGGGUGCGGAAGCGCUCAGGGACGCAGCACAGGCGGCGACAUGGCCAGUGUUGAGGCACGGCUCAGGCAGAACGAAGCUGCUGCCGACAGCAACCUCGAGACCGAAAUCACAGCAAAAAGUGUCAGCAACAAACAACACCUACGUCGCCAGAGCGACGCGGUAUCGCUGGCGAACGGAAACAAGCCAAAGAAAGGCUUCACCCCAAAGAAGACGAGCAAGCAGGUAAUGGGCCAGUGCAAGAGGUGUGGCUACCUUUCUAGCCAAGACAUUUGCAAAGCCUGUGUUCUUCUUGAGGGGUUAAACAAGUCGCGACCGAAGAACAAGAUUGAAGUCGGAUACGAAGUUCAAGACGUAAGUCUGAACAGCCUUCGUGACGAGCUCGAGGCGACGACCGUUGGGGGAAAAUGAGCAUGCACACUCGAUACGAAGCUCGGAACCUCCCCGACAAAUCCCGGCACCACUUCCGCUGGUCACACGACAGGAGCCCGAAUUACCCAAACUAGCGACAGGCUUACAUUCUGUAGCUUGCCUCAACAAAACUACUCGACAGACUACUCAGAUGUGCAGACAGCUAAUCCUCUGUAGAGGCAUGCAAGGCAUGCGUCCAUAUUUGCCCCGCACUCAGCCACCAGGCGCAAGCCACCCGAACAAAUGGCUUAAGUCCCAACGUCAAGCGACUAUCAAGGUAUCACAAGGCAUACGAGGCGGUAAGGACUCGACGAGUCACAAACAUGACCGUUGGAAAGAUAGGUCUCAGCCUCGCGCACGAGUCAACCAUCCACAUACCCCGCACAAAUCAUCGCUCCUCAGCCGCCCUGUCUUACCCUCGCACUGUGACCAUACUUAAUCUGCACGAUGUUGACGUAGUACGUACCGACGUGUCUGUCAUAUUCGCGUGUCUUGGGUUGUACCUGUGGUAGCACGGCAAUUUCGAAACCAUGCUUGACGGUAUUGGAAUGUAACAACGGAUUUUACGCAGGAUCAAGUAUUGAGAAGGGCUGCCAAGGCAAAGGUCAAGCAGGCCAAGAACAUGUAGAAUGUGAAAUGAUGAAAUUAGAGUCUGUAGGAAUCUAGGGUAGCAAUGCCGUAGCAUGAACUGCCUCCCGCUAGUGAGCA